UGACGCUGCAGCACGAGCUCAGUGAGCAGAGAUGAGCUCGCGGACAAUGAAGAAGAGGAGGAAGAGUGAGGAGGAGGAGGAUUAUUGUUCUUCUUUGUUGGUGUGAAGAUGUUCUGCUGCUGCUGCUGGAGCUUUACCGUUUCAUCGAACCAUCUUCCUCUGAGGCUCCUCCCACUCCUCUGACAUCACAGCGGGGAACUGGACACAGCGUCACCGAGGAGACGACCCACUGAGGAGGAGGAGGAGAGUGUGAGCAGGAUGCUGCCAUGGAGCGCUGACCAACAAUUCAACAAAAGACCUGAAGAAGAAGAAGAAGAGGUGGAGGAACAGUCUAUUCCUCCUCCUCCUCCUGUUACUAUGACGAUGACAGACCCCACCGACCAACCGCAGGCUGUGACUAACCCUCUGGCCAAUCGGGACAUCAGCUGGGACUCAGGGGAGGACAUGGCAGUUGUGUUACCAUGGCAACAGCAGGAGGAGGAGCGUGAUGAAGAGGAGACGCAGGCGGUGGCCUCGUCACCCGACGGACGAUUCCUCAAGUUCAACAUUGAGAUCGGACGAGGCUCCUUCAAGACGGUUUAUAAGGGACUGGACACCGAGACCACGGUAGAGGUGGCCUGGUGCGAGCUGCAGACUCAUCGUCUGACCAAGUCGGAGCGUCAGAGGUUCACUGAGGAGGUGGAGAUGUUGAAGGCUCUGCAGCAUCCCAACAUCGUCCGAUUCUUCGACUCCUGGAAGUGCACGCUGGGGGGACACAAAUGCACCAUCCUGGUGACGGAGCUCAUGACGUCCGGGACGCUGAAGACGUACCUGCGCAGGUUCCGUGAGAUGAAGCUGAAGCUGCUGCAGCGUUGGAGCUUCCAGAUCCUGAAGGGACUGCAGUUCCUUCACUCACGCUGCCCCCCCAUUCUGCACCGAGACCUCAAGUGUGACAACGUCUUCAUCACCGGACCCACCGCCUCUGUCAAGAUUGGAGACCUGGGCCUCGCCACGCUGAAGAAGGCCUCGUUCGCCAAGAGCGUCAUCGGGACCCCAGAGUUCAUGGCUCCAGAGAUGUACGAGGAGAAGUAUGACGAGGCCGUGGACGUUUACGCCUUCGGUAUGUGCAUCCUGGAGAUGGCGACGUCCGAGUAUCCGUACUCCGAGUGUCAGAACGCCGCCCAGAUCUACCGCAAAGUCACCAACGGAAUCAAACCCGACAGUUUCUUCAAAGUCAAAGUUCCCGAGCUGAAGGAGAUCAUUGAAGGCUGCAUUCGGACCAACAGCAGCGAGAGGUUCACAGUUCAGGACCUGCUGGAUCUGCGGUUCUUCCAGGAGGAGCUCGGUGUCCGUGUGGAGCUGGCGGAGGAAGACGACGGCUUGAAGUCGGGGGUGACGCUGUGGCUCAGGAUGGACCACAACAAGAAGCUCCACGGGAAAUACAAAGACAACAAUGCCAUCGAGUUCCUGUUCGAGCUCUACAAAGACGUCCCGGAGGAGGUCGCUCAGGAGAUGGUGGUGCUGGGGUUCCUGUGUGAGGCCGACUAUAUGGUGGUCGCAAAGGCAAUAAGACAUUGCGUCACGGCCAUCAAGCGUCAGCGGGAGAAACGGCGCCGCCUGCUGGAGGAAGCUCAGAGGAAGGAAGGUGUCAUGGAAGAGGAGUCUGACCCCGCCCCCCAGCCACCUGAACCACCCAAUCAGAGACCAGCAGCCGCCACGAGCUCGUCCACUGCCGGGAGGGUGGCCAAUCAGCAGGACUCUUCAGCACCCACCCCCGCCUGGAUACAAGCCCCGCCCUCUGCAACAGUGACAUCAUCAAGUAGCAGCCCAGUGGAUUCUGGGAUCGGCAGCAUCUCCAGCAGGACGGAGGGGGACGGAGACGAGGAGAUGGCCAGAAACACCUUGCACUCCUCCGCUACAUCCGACUGUGACAUGGAGACCUCCCUCAGCUCCUCAGCCGUCCUGCAGAAAGUUGAAGCCACGCCCCCUCCGGUCACUCACUACUCCCCCCUCCCUUCAGUCCCCGCCCCGGCUCUGGGAACACCUCGCCAUGUGACCCGGACUCCAUCCAAAGCUCCGCCCCUCCCUGUGCUGCGUUUCCCCAAGAGCAUCGCUGUGUCCAAGGCUGCUGAGAGACAGUCGUCUGGAUCAGUCAGCGGCUUCACCUCACCUGUUGACAGCUGUGCCUCCGAUGUGACCUCAGGUCUGAGUGACUGCAAUGAAGGCCAAUCAGACAAAAGUAACCAGGAAGCCGCCAGACGAGCGGUUACGAAGCAAUUCAGGCGGAGAUCGAGGGGACGUCUGAGAAUCACAGGGGUGUCAGACAAAGUGGACCGGGUGGUGGAGUGUCAGCUGCAGACUCAUGACAGUAAGAUGGUGACGUUCAAGUUUGACCUGGACGGAGACAAUCCAGAGGACAUCGCCUCUGUGAUGCUACACAGAGACUUCAUCACGCCUUUGGAACGAGAAGGAUUCAUCCUCCGCAUGUAUGACAUCAUCAACAAGGUGGAGUCUAUGAUGCACCAACAGCAGCCAGCUGACAGCGACAGGUUAUCUCACGUGAACGCCUCCACGCUGCCCAGCUCUGCUCCGAACCUGCCGGCGCAGGGCCUCACCAGAAAUCUGUCCUCGUCUUCACUUCCUGACAUUGCAGAUGCUGACCCCUCACCCUUGAAGGGCGGAGACUUUUACAUUGACCCUGAGGCCACGCCGUCUGUCAGACCCCUGAGGUCACAGUCUUUCCACACCUCCUCAGCUUCCUCCCAUCAGCCCCUCCCCUACCCCCACCAUUACCCCCACCCAGAGUCCACCCCUUCUCCCCCCUCCCACUUCCCCCUUCCUCCUCAGUAUAACCUCCCAUCUCCCUCUCACUCCCCCUACUUCCCCACCCAUAACUCCUCCACCGACCUCCACCAAGUCCACAGUAACCCCUCCCUCUUCAUCCCCUCCUCCUCUUCCUCAGCUCCCCCUCCUCCUCCUCCUCCUCCUCCUCCUCCUCCUCCUCCUCUCCCUCCUCACUGGCCCCCACCUGACCAGCCUCUCUUCUCUCUGGCAAAUGUGCUCUCUCUGGCUAUGAGUGUGGCCCAGUCCUUCAUGCCCCCACCUGGGACCCCCAACCAGGGCUUUCACCCCCAGCCCCUGACUCCCCCCAUGUCUCCAUCCCUGGGCCCUAAGCUCCAUCCUCCAAGCAACGCCUCCUUCUCUGCUCCUUUCCCCCUUCAGAUGGCCUACAGCACCACCACCUCUCAGACAGGCUCCGCCCCCAGCAGCCAGCAGGUGGCGCUGCUGAACCAUAUUUCUAACACACCUCAAGGACAGCCUCUCAGUACUGUUCAGCCAAAGGUCGGCUCAGCUCCGCCCCUGCAUGGUUCAGAGACUGUUUCUGCUCCUAGUCUUGUCCAGGUGUCCUCCAGCGUCUCAUCGUCCCCCAGUCUGUCACCCAUACAGGAGGUAAAGACACCUUCACUCUUCACCGUUGGUCGUUUCCAGGUGACGGCCUCUAAAGACAUCCCUGCCGUCCGUAAUCAGGAGCCCCGCCCCCUAAACCAGGCCACACCGACGGCCCACUCCCCGCCUCCCUCCAGGGCGAACACAUCAGAGAGCUCAGAGAGCAGCACAUCGGAGGAGAGCGAAUCACAGAGCAGCAUCGGCACAGUGAUCGUCUCCUCACCUGGUCAUUUUCAUGGUUACCAUGACAAUCUUGGAGGACAGGACGAAGAGGAGGACACGAAGAGGUGGGGCAGUCGGAGGCAGAGCCUCAGCCUGUGUGAGGGAUCUGCCGGCAGCCUCAGCCAGUUGUGGAGCCGCUCGGCACCCCACGUCAGCUCCGAUGAAUCAGAGAGUGAGAAUGAGGAAAUGUGGGAGGAGCUGCAGAAGCUCCGUGAAAGACACCUGGUGGAGGUGCAGAACCUGCAGGCCAAUCAGAAGGCAGAGAUCGAGCAGCUGUACCUGAGGAUGGGUAAAGUCCCGCCCCCUGGUAUCGUUCCCCCGGCCGCUAUGUUGAACCCCCGCCAACGCCGCCUCUCCAAGACCAGCAACUACCCUCCUUCUCGCAAAAGCAGCCUGCAGAGGCUGGACGUGCUGCCCCCUGCAGGCAUCAUGAGGAAGAGCUCGAUCAGCGGCAGCAGCAGCGGAUCUCAGGAGAGAGCAGGGAGAGGCGUGACCUUUGCCCCCGAAACACAGCUGCACCUGAGAGACGAGCUGUCGACUGACUGAGGACAUGAAGAUGAGACCUGCUGAUGAAGAGGAGGAGAGAGGAAGAUGAUGUCACAGAUUAAACUCUGACAUUUUGUAAUAUUUAGACUUUAGAUUUGUUCUGUCUGUUUUUGUUUUAUAAUUUAAUUUUAACUGGAACAAACUUUUUCAGCACUUUAGGAAACAAACUGAGCCUUAACGAGUCUCGUGUGAGAGCAGCUUCUUAUUGUUCUCUAACGAGCUGCUGCAGAUUGAACGCGUCAGAAAUGAUCUUCUCAGAAAGUAUUUUAAAGACGAGGAGACAACAAUCAGCUGCACUUUGACAGUUUCUUCUCCACAUAUCGAUUAUUUAAAGUCACUUUAUGUAUCAUUUAUUAUCAGUAUGAAACACUGAGUAAUAACAGAGUGUGAUGUCAUCAUAGGCAGAUAUAAAUAUAUUUUAAAUGUUUAUUAAUGUUCAGUGUUUGUUGGAACUGUUUCUGUGAAGAAACAUUUUAUAACAGCUGUGUUUGAAUUAUCAUUAAUAAUCAUUCAUUCUCUGUCUGGAUGUUUCCUGAAAUCACUGUGUGCCUUAUUUAAAGAAUAAUUAUUGUAAAAUAAGAGUGUGACGCUUUGAAACAGGAAGUGUUUCAUGUUCAGUUUAUGAAGUUUGAAUUGUUCACAAAUACUCAGCCUGAUAUUUAAAAUCUUUUUGCAGUAAAGUUUUGUGACUUUAAAACA